AUUUUUGAGUCUCAAAGUUUUUGACCGCAAAUAUGUAUGAGGGCACGGGAGAUUGUACUGACCAAAAAACUGCCGGCCUUAUAAACGCCCACGGCUCUGAGACUCCAAGACAAAGCAACGUUGUGGAGCGACUGUCGAAAUAUGGGAUGCAGGUCAUGCCCAUGCCCAUGCCCAGUGCUUUCCAGCGUAGGACGAGGCUACAGAGGCAGCAGGAGGUCGACAGCUGUGAGACUGUGCAGAAUGUCCCAGAAAGGACGUCGAUUUCAGCGACAGUGCGUAGAAAGUACUUGAAAGAAUUGAUCAAUAAAUCACACGGUGGAUUUAGCAGUGUUUUGUUUCCUCAAACGGAUAGAGGGUCUUUACAGGAAGACCCACAGGACGCAGACUGGGCUUUGUAUCCAAUGGAGCACGCCUGGAUGCUUUCUGCCGUGGAAGGAAACUAUGGCACACUUAUAGAAUUUGUAUCAGAAGACCCCUAUCUGCUGACCAGAAAAGACUUCAUCAGUGGUUACACUGUACUGCAUUGGCUAGCCAAAAAUGGACAGGACGAGACCCUGCUUCAACUGUUAAGUUAUACUCAGAAUUUGGGGUUGAAUGUCAAUGUGAACGUUCGGGGUAGCGGGGGCCUCACGCCUCUGCAUCUUGCCAGCAUGCAUGGGCGAUAUAUGGUCAUCAAACUCUUGGUUGGGGCAUUUAGCGCCAAUGUAGAUGCUAUGGAUUACAACGGGAAAAGAGCCUGGCAAUAUCUGAAGGAAGACGCGCCACUUGAGAUGAAGGAGCUCCUCGGGACAUGGGAUGAAGACCACAGUUGCAAUUAUACCAAUAAUAUGAACAGAAACAAUAACUGUGUAGAUAUACUUGAUCAAAGUAUUUUGGACUUCGACAAUUGUGAGGCACAGCAAGUCAGCCACUUUGAAACAACACAGACUAGAAAGAGUUUAAGAUUGGGUUCAUUCAGGAAACUGCUUCAGUCAUUCACAUUAAUUGUAAGAAAUUCAAAUGAGUAAAACAAUGUUAUAAAACAAGGUACUCUUAAGUUAUCAAGCACAUACAUUCAUUAAUUCUAUGUCUAUAAACAAGCAAGGUACAUUCUCCAUUGAAAACUUAAAAUAAACAGUUGACAACAA